UUCGGUGGGAUCUGGCGGGGUCGCCGUGGCGGGCGCCUGGGCCGCCACUGGUCGCCUCUGCAGCCCCUCCAGUGUCACCGUCUUGCUGUGCAAGAAGUUAACCCAGAGGGUGGAGGCCAUUUCUCCGCAGUCUGCUGUGAUGCUCCGGGCUGCAGACUGAGUGCCAACACUCUUCUGUCGCGGAGAGAGCAAGCACCAUGGAUCAGAACAGCAGCCUCCCACCCUACGCCCAGGGGCUGGCCUCCCCACAGAGCGCCAUGACCCCCGGGCUCCCAGUCUUCAGCCCCAUGAUGCCAUACGGCACUGGCCUGACGCCACAGCCCAUCCAGAGCACCAACAGCCUGUCCAUCUUGGAAGAGCAGCGGCAGCAGCAGCAGCAACAGGCAGCAGCAGCGGCGGCGGCAGCGGCAGCCCAGCAGUCCACAUCCCAGCAGGUGCCCCCAGGGGCCACAGGCCAGACACCACAGCUCUUCCACUCACAGACUCUCACAACUGCGCCUCUGCCGGGCACCACCCCCGUGUACCCGUCCCCCAUGACACCUAUGACCCCCAUUACUCCUGCCACACCGGCCUCGGAGAGCUCUGGGAUUGUGCCCCAACUACAAAACAUUGUCUCCACAGUGAAUCUUGGCUGUAAACUUGACCUAAAGACCAUUGCCCUUCGUGCCCGAAAUGCUGAGUAUAACCCUAAGCGAUUUGCUGCUGUGAUCAUGAGGAUAAGAGAGCCCCGGACCACAGCACUCAUCUUCAGCUCUGGGAAGAUGGUGUGUACUGGCGCCAAGAGUGAAGAGCAGUCCAGGCUAGCAGCAAGAAAGUACGCCCGGGUGGUGCAGAAACUGGGCUUCCCGGCCAAGUUCUUGGACUUCAAGAUCCAGAAUAUGGUGGGCAGCUGUGAUGUGAAGUUCCCCAUCCGCCUGGAGGGACUCGUACUCACCCACCAGCAGUUCAGCAGCUAUGAGCCAGAGUUGUUCCCAGGUUUAAUCUAUCGGAUGAUCAAGCCCAGGAUUGUCCUUCUCAUUUUCGUUUCUGGAAAAGUCGUGUUAACAGGUGCUAAGGUGAGAGCAGAGAUCUACGAGGCAUUUGAGAACAUCUACCCCAUUCUGAAAGGCUUCCGGAAGACCACGUAAUGGCCCCUACUUACCCCAGCAAGGUGCCCGGCCCCUGUGCAUUUCUGGCUCAGGUUCCUUCAUGCCAGUGGACCUCAUGGACCCUGGUGCCACUGAGUCCUCAGUGGCAUCUCUCAAGGUGGCCAAGGGCUAAGGUUCAGCCUAACCCCUCACUGCUGCCCACAAGCUGCUUCAAGGGACAUGUGUCCAGUGUUAGCCACCUCAGCCACAGACUGGACUUGUAUUUUGUUCAGUUUUUGCUACAGUUUUUGUAUUUGUAUUAGAAAAAUAAAAGAUUUUUUUUUUUAA